GGUUCUAAAGCUUGGUUCACGUGACUGGACGUUCCCUCUUCGUAUUAAGGACAUGAAAGGGAGCGAUACUGUCCGACUUCUGCAACCUGCUACGAAAACCCUGACCACGAAUAUGAAAAAAUAUUAAAUAACGGCCAAAUAAAGGGGACAGAAUAAGAGUUAAAGGAAGGUCGAUUUUUACUUUUCGGGGCUGUUGUUGCACUGCCUGGACAGCUGCUUUGGACAAGCGGUUUGUGCUAUCCAUUAAACUGAACUCUGGACUUGAAACAUGACUCGAACAUGUCCAUUCGUUGUCGGGAUCGCCUGCUUUGCGAUUCUUGGUUGUGUGACAGUAGUCCAGUCUCAGGUCACUCUGGAGGUGACAGAGGGAAACUCCACCUGUAUAAAAGCUGAACUCUCCGCCUCCUUCUCCAUCACCUAUGACACCGCCAACGGCACGCGUACGGUGAUGGUGCCCCUCCCAGGGUCGGCGGUGGUGGGUGUGGCCAGCUCGUGUGGGGGUGACGGCCGCUCCCCCUGGCUCGUGGCGUUGUUCGGGGAUGGCCACGCCCUGGGCCUCAGCUUCUCAUCCAAUGACACUCUGUACAGCGUCGCUAACCUCACCCUGCAGUACAACCUCAGUGAUGUCGCUACCUUCCCAGACGCCAACAGCACCGAUGUGGUAACUGUGGAGACGACCUCUGUAGGGAUGGUUGCUAGGGUCAACACCACCUACAGAUGUAUCAGCGCCUCAUCUGUCAUAGUGGGAGGAGCCACCGUCACCUUCUCAAACGUCACGAUGGAGGCCUACAUGACAGGAGACGAUCUGAGCCCCGACGAGAGUGUGUGUACUGCUGACCAGAGCUUCACCACAGCCCCGCCUCCACCCCCCUCCACCACCACAGCAGCCCCCGCCCCCGUCCCCACCCCCCCUGGAACCCCCAACCAGGGCAGCUACUCUGUCUCCAAUAGCAACGGGACCGUCUGUCUGCUGGCCCGCAUGGCACUGCAGCUCAACAUCUCCUACUUCUCUGCCUCACAGAAUAAGACUAUCCAGGAAGUUGUAAACCUGCUGCCCAAUCAGACAACCAGCUCAGGAUCAUGUGACCCCACCAGCGCCACCCUGGUGCUGACGCAGGGCAGUGCCACCAACCUCAGCUUCCUGUUUACUCUGAACACCACGUCUAACAGGUACCACCUGACUGGUCUGUCUGUGGUAGCAGCUUGGUCUGAUAUGACAGCCCCGUUCAACACCAGUAACAGUAGUCUGGACUACCUGCGUGGCUCCCUGGGGCGUAGCUACAUGUGUAUUUCAGAACAGACUCUGGCUGUAGACCAGAACUUCUCCCUCAACACCUUCCAGCUGCAGGUCCAGCCCUUCGGCAUCACCAGAGGACAGUUCACACAAGCGGAUGAGUGCCAGUUGGAUCAGGACAACAUGUUGAUUCCCAUCGUCGUGGGAGCCGCUCUGGCCGGCCUGGUUCUCAUCGUUCUCAUCGCUUACCUCAUCGGCAGGAAGAAGAGCCAUGCUGGAUACCAGACUAUCUGAGAACACUGACACACAACCUUGUGUGUAUCAAACGCCACCCUAUUCCCUAUGUAGUGCACUACUUUUGACCAGAGGUCUAUGGGGUAGUGCACUACUUUUGACCAGAGGUCGAUGCGGAUUCUGGUCAAACUUGGUGCACAAUAUAGGGAGUCUUUUCAGACAAGACUGCAGAGAGACGCACGCUCCAACUGGACCAUGUACAAACCAAGCCCUCUCUGCUGUGUGUGUGUGUGUGUGUGUGUGUGUGUGUGUGUGUGUGUGUCUAUAUAUAUUGUUAUUCACAGCAGCUCAUCCUCUGCUACCUACUAACAGACUACUGCCUAGUCAAACCUACCAUCCCCCUCGUCUCUCUGUCUCUAGCCCAUCUCUACUGCAGCUGGCUCAGUAUACCUUUUUAGUUCUGAUAUCAUUUCAUGUUUGACUUGGGUGGAUACUCGCUUUAAUAGGAAUUGAAAGAUGUUUUUUUUUUUUUUUGCAGUUUUUUUGUAAAUUUAAACUGAUAUUAAAUGAUAUAGUAUUCAACUCUUAUGAAAGAGUGGGUCUUAUCUAUAACCAUGUUUUGUGAUGGACUCAACAAGCUUCCCUUCCUUCCUCAUCUCCUUUCCUUCAGGACCACCAUCUUUUCUAUGACAUCACCUAGGGAGGUCCGAAGACUCCUGUGGGGAAAAAAAGGGAACCUUAAAUUUCGAACAACUCCUCUGGUCAGAAAUAGUGACCGGAUUAUCUUGUAGGUCACAAGAACAUUUGACAGGCCUUGUGGUGGUGGUUUGACAGGCCUUGUGGUGGUGGUUUGACAGGCCUUGUGGUGGUGGUUUGACAGGCCUUGUGGUGGUGGUUUGACAGGCCUUGUGGUGGUGGUUUGACAGGCCUUGUGGUGGUGGUUUGACAGGCCUUGUGGUGGUGGUUUGACAGGCCUUGUGGUGGUGGUUUGACAGGCCUUGUGGUGGUGGUUUGACAGGCCUUGUGGUGGUGGUUUGACAGGCCUUGUGGUGGUGGUGGUGGGAGUUGUGUUUUUACUGCAUUUCAAAACAAAGGCUUGUGGACGGUGUUAGACUGAGAUUGUUACAUGAUGGAUGUGUUGAACUGGUGUGAAAUAUAGUUCAACUCCUCCCAUGAGAUUGUGUUGAUAUCGAUUGUAGCUAGUUGAUCUUUUUAUUUUUGUAGAGAAUGCUUUGAUCAUGUUUCUAUUAUGCAUCUUGCUAAGGUCAAUAAAGGACAUUUGAAACUUU